CAGACAAAUUAUACCUCAAAUCCGCCCCGUUCUGAAUCUUGCAGGUAACUUAUAACACAUACUUUCGCAGCCUCGCAAUUAUACGUCUCGACUCCAUUGUAACCCCGCUCUAUCCUCGCAAUGAGAAGAUACAACGACGCCUCGAGCGAUCAGCUUUCAAACGACAGCAAGCAUGUCUUCACCAUCCACACCGACUGCCUCUUCGACUCAAAGGAAAAGAAAUUCCUCAAAGACACAUCCAUUACCAUCAACCCCAAAACCGGCCUAAUAACAAAAGUCUACAUCCGCACCCAACCGCUCCCGGCCUCCAUCGCCGCCCCAGACAUCGACCUCAGAGGCAAAUGCGUGCUCCCGGGCUUCGUAGACGCACAUACCCACAUCUUCCUGCACGCGUACGCCGACACCCCCGCCCUCAACCAAAUGCGCGACGAAAGCCUCGUCGAGCGCGUCAUCCGCGCAACCAACCACGCCCGCUCCGCGCUCCUCGCCGGCUUCACCACGUACCGCGACCUCGGCACCGAAUCCGCGCAGGACGCCGACGUGCAUCUCCGCAACGCCAUCAACCGCGGCAUCAUUCCGGGGCCGCGGAUCUUCUGCGUUACGGAAGCGCUGGCUUCGUCGGGCGGGUACGAGGUGCGGUUGGAGAAUGAGAUUGGGGGAGCGAGGGCGCCUCGGAUCGCGGAUGUGUGUGAUGGGCCGGUGGAGUGUAGAGCUGCUGUGCGAAGACGUUUGGGCGCUGGAGCGGAUGUGAUUAAGUUUUAUGCGGACUAUCGGAAACGCGCGCUGCGCUUUCCCGCGAGUACGUGGCCUGGGUGUCCGGAUGUAGCAUUUCCGCCCGAGCAGCCGCAAGACGAGCGGAAUCCGAGUCUACUGCUGUUCAAUCAAGAGGAAAUGGAUGCGAUUGUUGCCGAAGCGAAAGUUGCUCGCGCGCCGGUUGCGGCGCAUGCGGCGACGGCGGAGGGAGUGGCGAUGGCUGCCAAAGCAGGAUGUACAACGGUAGAGCAUGGGUUCGAGGACAUGGAGGGCAGCGGGGCGAUGGAGGCCAUGCUUGAGCACGGCACGAUCUUCGUUCCCACCUUGGCGGUCGCGGAGUUGUUCAUUGACGUGAAGCCUGUGCUGGCGCAGGUGAAGAAGGCUUUUGAGCAUGGGAUUCGUUUGGCUUGUGGUGGGGAUACUGGCCCCUUCCCGCACGGCGAGAAUGCGCGCGAGAUGGAAUUGAUGGUGAAGGCUGGCGUCCCGCUCGAAGAAGUUCUGACGGCGGCGACAUUGCACGGGUGGAUGGCCUGUGGAGGGGACUGGUGCGGCAGGAGGUUUGGUUGGCUUGGGGAGGGCUGGGCAGCGGAUUUGGUGGCAUUAGAUGGGAACGUGAGACGUGACUUCCAGGCGGUGAGGAAGGUGGAGUUCGUGAUGAAGGAUGGAAGGGUAUGGAAGAGAGACGGAUCCGCUGUGGGGAUGUUUUGAAUCUAAAUCAUAUCGUCGUGAUGCGGUCAAUCAGGGCAGUGCCUGGGCGGUCGUAACCAUCCCUCUGCGUUCUGCUUAAUACCCGCCGGCAUCGUCUGCCUCAGCCCAUGUGCAUUUCACCGUCUGCGCUGCGGUCGAGC